AUGGCACGGCUCUCAGAACGACAGAUUGGAUUGGUCUUUGCUACAUUAAGAGUCAUACAAUGGCUAAGUACAGCUAUUGUCAUGGGAAUCUCUUCGUACUUUAUUGCAGUCGGGCCACGCAAUCAGCAUGCAUUGUACUGGGAAGUACUUUCGGUUGUGUCUGUUGUUAUAUUCUUUCUCGCCAGCGCUUUAUCCUACCUUCUAUUUCGAGAUAUGGGAAGGUUUACAUGGGCAUACUACGUGAUAUUUACCAUUGACUUUACCUUUUCAUACUUGUGGUUAACAACAUUCAUCUUUGCAGCCCAAGAUUACAACCUCAAUAACUGCAAGCUUGGCUCACCUUUAGGAGUCUCAUGCGGUGUGAAAAAGGCGAAUGAGUCUUUUAUGUUUAUAACAUUCAUAUCAAGCAUCUGUCUUGCUCUUUUCCUCGGAAGUCCUUUAUCUCCAUUCUCCACUUAUUCUUUUGACGAGUCCCAAACACAAGAUGCGAAUAAUUUUCCUGCUAUAUCUGAGAAUGAAGCUCGUUAA